CCUCUCCGUGGGGCUCCACAUCUCCCUCGAUUAUUGGUGGACAACGAAGGUGGAGCUGAGGGGGCUCGACCAGGACAGCCCCGCGUACCUGUCGGCCAUGUCGCUGUGCCACCGCCGCGCAGGGCAGCGCCUCCUGCAGGGGGCGCUCUCCAAUGGCGGCCUCUACGUGAAGCUGGGCCAGGGGCUGUGCGCCUUCGACCACCUGCUGCCCCCCGAGGUGACGGUGACACUGCGACCCCUGGAGGACAGCGCCAGCCCCCGCGGGCACCGGGAGGUGGACGAGCUGUUCCUGGAGGAUUUCCAGACCACGCCUUCCGGAAUGUUCCGUGACUUCGACUACGAGCCGGUGGCGGCCGCCAGCCUGGCCCAGGUGCACCGAGCGACGCUGCCCGACGGGACCCCCGUGGCCGUCAAGGUGCAGUACCUGGACCUCGUGGUGAUAGCCGAGGGGCGACAUGGCACCCUGGAGCUGCUGCGCCUGGUGGAGUUCAUGCACCCCGACUUCGCACUGGGCUGGGUGCUGCAGGAGCUGAAGGGCACGCUGGCUCUGGAGCUGGAUUUCGAGAACGAGGCGUGGAACUCGGAGCGCUGUGGGAGAGACCUGGGGCACCUGCGGGGGGUGACGGUGCCACGCGUGCACUGGGGGCACUGCAGCAAGGUGAGACAGCUGGCCGUUCUCACGGCCGAUUUCUGCGAGGGCUGCAAGAUCACGGACACCGAGGGCAUCCGGGCCCUGGGGCUGGGGCUCAGAGACACCGCCGAGAAGCUGAUCCAGGUUUUUGCCGAGCAGAUUUUCUACACCGGCUUCAUCCAUGCCGACCCGCACCCCGGCAACGGCUGGAGUGGCUCCGGUUCCGGGUGGCGAGUGGCCGCGCUGCGCGCUGCGGAGCUUGCUGGGGCGCUGCCGCUGGGGGAGCACCUGCAGCACCUGCUCCGGGCCUGA